AGCGCUGGUGUCCGGGCCCUGGGUCUCCUGCAGGCAGCAGUCGGUGAAACCUGGGGGUUCUUUGGUUUGGAGGGAGCCCUCCGGGCUGCGUGGGAGCAGCCUGCGGUGGAACUGCUGGCGUGAAGCCUGUGGCAGGGGAAUAUUGAGGGGAAGGCAGGGUCCCCUGGCACAGAGAGCGGGGGCUCUGACACCUCGGUGUGUAUAGGUAGCGUAUCUACUGACAGCGGGGUCUGCUCGUCCUCUCUGUGAGGCAGCUCCGGAGAUGCAGGGCUCGGGGAAACGGGGACACGUGGCCUGAAGGAGGGAGUUCUGGGGAGAGACAGGCCACCAGCGGGAGUUGGUAGUGCCUCGGUGGCUGGGAAUAAGAGCUAGUGCUUUCUGAGAAGAACAGGGAGUUUGAUGGGGGGAAGAACGAGCUCUGUUCUGUCAGAGGUGGCGCAGGCAGUGGCAGAGAGCUGCCAUCCUUCACCGUGCUGCUUCAGUGGUAGGAGAGAGACCUGUUGGGGCUUUGAAAAGGGAGACGGCCAUCUUCUGUUCUGCCGUGCCUGCCAACCUAAGCCGUCGCUGUGCCGUUACCUGUACGCCUUCCAGCAAGAACAUAAGUAUCUGAGGGACAGCUGCAGACCUGUGUUGUGCCAGGGCCGUUUCUCCCUGCUCUGUGAUAUCCCUUAUCAGUAUCGCUGCGAAAUGAGGCUCCUGAUUCUCGCCGUGUUUGCCCUGUUCUCCGUAGCCCGCUGUGAGGAAGGGGCCAGGCUCCUGGCCUCCAAAUCGCUAUUAAACGGCUAUGCUGUGGAGGACGGGACUCUGCAGUACAUCAUCUAUAACACCAAAUCUGAGGCUUUCCUCCCGUCCCUUUCUUUGUUGGAUGCCUUAGAUACGGAGCUGUCGGAUGAUUCUUUUCCCCCCUGGGAGGAUUUUGGCAUUGUCUCUGCGAUGUUCAAUGUCAAGUGGCUCCAGAUCGCUCGAGUGAGUAAUGUGUCCCACGCUGUGGUUCUGCGGCCUCUCGAAGCUGCUUACUUCAACUUCGCCUCUGCUACCAUCGCAUACCUGGCACGGGGGGUUGGCUUCAUGAGUGCUCCUGGGCAGGGAGGAAUCCUGGCUCAGCGUGAGUCUGACAGGAGGUUCUCGCCUCACGUGCUGGACUGGGCAGCUUUCGGCGCGAUGACCCUGCCCUCCGCCGGGAUGCUGCUGCUGCGGUACUCCAGCAAGAGCAAGUAUGACACCCGCAAGACCAAGAAGAAGUGAGCAAAGCCAAACGCCACCGGCACCGCAGAGCUCAGGAGAGAGCAAACAUUAACCCGCCCAGAACUGCGGGUGUGUUUGGAUCAGCAGCGGUCUGCAAAAGCUCUGCCGGGGCUGUGCGUCAGCCCUGUCACGUCAAUGGCAGCGGUGUGUCGCCUUCU